AUGUCUGCCGUGGAAAACGACGGACUCACCAUCACCCAUUCGUCCGAACGAACCGGAACCCCCGAUCUUCGUCUCAUCCAUUACAAUGAUGUUUACCACGUGGAGCCAGGGUCUGCGGAGCCAGUCGGUGGUGCUCCUCGAUUCCAAUCAGUGAUCAAUCAUUACCGUUCUGAUCCCCGAUUCGCCGGACAACCAGACGUCCUCACCUUUUUCUCCGGAGAUGCGUUCAACCCAAGCCUCGAAAGCACGGUCACCAAGGGGCGCCAUAUGGUUCCUUUUCUAAACAAGGCAGGCACAGAUGUCGCAUGUGUUGGGAACCAUGACCUCGAUUUCGGUGUUGCGCAGCUGCGUCAUCUGCGUAGCCAGUGUCAAUUCCCAUGGUUGCUGGCCAAUGUCCUUGAUCCAGCCCUAGGAGAGGAUAUCCCCAUUGCGAACUGUGAGCGAACCCGGAUGUUGACCGCGUCGAACGGGCUCAAGGUGGGCGUGAUCGGUCUGGGGGAGAGAGAAUGGCUAGGAACCAUCAACUCCCUUCCCCCAGACUUGAUCUACAAAUCUGCUGCCCAAACCGCUCUGGAACUGGUCCCUCGUCUCCGUGAACAAGGCGCCGACAUCAUUGUCGCCGUCACCCACCAACGCGAACCGAACGACUACAAAUUGGCGGAGAGGCUUCCACCGGGCUUCAUUGAUAUCAUUCUGGGAGGCCACGAUCACUACUACGCACAUGCUAUCGUCAACGGGAUUCAAGUUCUGCGCUCCGGUACAGACUUUAAACAGCUUAGCUACAUCGAAGCGUGGCGGAAAACGGACGGACCUGGAUGGGAUUUCAGCAUUGUACGGCGCGAUAUGGUCCGAUCAAUUCCAGAAGACCCAGCGACCGUGGCGCUGGUAGCCAAGCUAACCUCCAGCUUGAAAUCCAAACUGGAGAAACCCAUCGGCUACACUGUCCGGCCGCUAGACUCCCGAUUUUCCACCGUCCGCCAGAGAGAGUCGAAUCUAGGGAACUUUGUGUGCGACCUGAUGCGAUUCUACUAUGCGGCUGAUUGCGCCAUGAUGGCUGGUGGUACCAUCCGCGGUGACCAAAUUUAUCCGCCGGGCAUUUUGCGACUGAAAGAUAUCUUGAAUUGUUUUCCUUUCGAAGAUCCGAUUGUCUUGCUCCGGGUUCAAGGACGAGCUCUGAUGGAUGCCCUCGAGAACGGUGUGAGCCAGUUGCCCGCUCUGGAGGGUCGAUUUCCACAGGUCUCAAACAUUGCGUUCAGUUACAAUCCAUCCGCUCCGCCCGGCUCGCGUAUCAACUGGGCGAAGAUCGGAGGACACCCGAUCGAGUAUGACCGGACAUAUUCCCUUUCCACGCGAGGGUACAUGGGUCGUGGAAAGGACGGCUUCGCGUCGUUGCUGGUACAGUCUGCUGGCGGCGAGGUCGAGGAGGUUGUCGACGAGGAAGGCGGAAUCUUGGUCAGCACCCUCCUUCGUCAGUAUUUCCUGAGCUUGAAGGUGGUGGGUAGGUGGCAACGCUGGAGUAAGAGCUUGGCACGUCACUGGGGCAUUGUGCACCAGAACCUCCACUGCAAUGGCUGGCUGAAGCCAGCAUCUGGCCAAACCUCCCCGGUAACUGAGAAGGCUCCGGUACGGCCCCAGCGACCGACCCUCCAGCGGACCAAACAAUACCAUUACUACGGCCGUUUUCAGGAGAUUGACGCGGAAGGGCGUCCGGAGACAGAGGCCGAGAGUAAUGAGGACAUGGAUUCUGAUUCCGACUCGGAUCCAGAAAUCUUGACUUCUCCGCAACCCACUACGAACUAUGUGACUCUGCCUGCACAAUCCGCCGCAGAGGAAGAGCACCGACUUCGACUAGCCCGACGCGUCGUGCGCAAAUGGAUGCAGAAGGCUGGAUUCCAGUCGACCACGUUGAACGGCACUGACGAUGCUGGUUUUACCCCGACAUGGACUCCGGGUAUCUCCCCGCGUCUUGAGGGACGCAUUGUGAUAGAAGACACACGGUAG